AAUAGCAAUAAAAUACAAAAGAAAAGAAUAAUAAAAAAAAACCCUAAGAAUUAUAGUAGUAAAAAUAGCGAUUAAAAUAGAAAAUAACAGAAUAAAACUAAACAAAAACCUAAGAAUCAUAGUAGUAAUAAUAGCAAUAAAAUAGAAAAAAACAGAAUAAAACAAAAAAACAAACUAAAAUUCAUAGUAGUAAUAAUAGCAAUAAAAUACAAAAUAACAGAAUAAAACUACCAAAAAAACCCCUAGGAAUAAUAGUAGAAAUAAUAGCAAUAAAAUAGAAAAAAACAGAAGAAAACAAAAAAAAAAACGCACACGACAAACACACGCACGCACACACAGCACUAUUAACGAGAACAAAACAUGGCACGGCGUUGAGGAUUUGAGGAAAAAAAACGCCACCUCUGAAGCGUUAUCUAAAACGAACAAUUGAAUGGACCCCAGGAAGACUAGUGGGUUCAAAGUUCAAAAUCAAACACCCUCUAAGACAGGAGUGUCAAACGUACGUUAAUCAAGAUUGGAGACGUAGUUUAUAUUACGCCGUAGUUGAUUGGUGGAUAUGUUCCUUGUGACCAAUCAGGACAUCUGUUAUGAAUGAUGACGUUAAUAACAUCAUCAUACCGCCAUUUUCCAUAUGGAAACGAUGUCGGUUCUCCAGAGAAAGGACGCUUUACGAGUAAAAGAAAUUGAUAAACAUGUCAAAAAUAAGUUUGGAUGGGACUGGAUGGAAAGGGAAGUCACUGAUACUGUUGGGAAGAAGGAAGUUACCACUUUGUUCGGUGAUUUUAUUCGGAAAAUCGAUCGUCCCGGAAAGGUUUUGUGCACGUGGUGUCAUUAAAAAAAAGCAUAGCAUUGAAAGAAUCAUAGAAGUAAUAAUAGCAAUAAAAUAGAAAAUAAAAAGAAUAAAACAAAAAACCCUAAGAAUUAUAGUAGUAAAAAUAGCAAUGAAAUAGAAAAUAACAGAAUAAAACUAAACAAAAACCUAAGAAUCUCGGGCAAAUUAAUUAUCGGACAUCCCUAGUCUUUUUCAUUGUGGUCAAAUCACAUGGCUGUUGAACUCACAACCUACCGACCUCUUUGGACUACCCUGGGCUGGAUUUACAUCCGUGAAUAAAAGUGAACAAUGUCGUAGUUCUGACUGAUGGUUGACUGUGGACAAAAGGCAGAUUGGGCUAUAACAAUAAUUGAGUAAAUUGUUUAUUCACGUUGUCACUUGCGGUCGUCCAGUCGGAUGAUGACAAGGGAGGACUGUUUGGGGGCGUGGUCACAGGGUGCUCUGAUGUGGGUCACAUGACCGAGUUUGGACCUAUCAGCAUGGAGCAAAUAAACGUAUAAAGAGAGCGUGCAGUCGACUGCUGCUCUUUGAGGGCUUCAUGUUGUCUUUGUGUGACUUCCAUGUUGAGACAAGCGUUGUUGCAGUCCAACGUGACCCGGUUGGGUCUGGUGGAGCGGGUGUUGUCGUCCAGCGUGACCUCGGUGGCCUGCUUGGUGUUCCUCUUCAUCAACGCGGUGAUGAUGCUCACCCUGAGAAGCAAACGGGUGUUCCGGGAGACGUCUCGCUACAUCCUGCUGUUCCACCUCCUCCUGGCGGACACGCUGCAGAUGGCGAUCAGCCAGGUGUUGUACCUGAUGCACGCGUAUCGGAUCAUCCUCACGUAUCCUCAGUGCGGCGUCCUCAUCAUGCUGACGAACCUGACCAAUGACAUCUCUCCUCUGGUGCUGUUGGUGAUGUCUCUGGAGAGAUAUGUGGCGGUGUGCCACCCUCUCAGACACGCCUCCAUCAUCACCGUCGGGAACACGGGGGCGGCCGUGCUCUCGGUUUGGACUUUUUCUUUCUUCCAGGUUCUCACCAUGGUGCUCCUGUUGGUGCAGUUUCCCUUCGACGGGCUGGAGAGUCUGAAGAUGCCCGAGCAGUGCAGCAGCGCCAGCAUUAUUCUCCUGCCCGUGUCUGAUCAUUACCGAACGGGCUACACAGGUUUUCUGUUCGGCUCCGCGAGCUUGGUCAUUGUUUGCAGCUACAUAGGCGUGGCGGUGGCGGCCAGGUCGGCGUCCACGGACGGCGAGUCGGCCCGUAAAGCCCAGAAGACACUGCUGCUGCACCUGUUGCAGCUGGGCCUCACCGUCCUGUCCGCGCUCUACAACAUUACUUUAAUGUUCAUGGCCAGAGUUACCUCGUGGGUCACCUUUAUACGAAUGCAGUCCUUUAUGUUUGUGUGUUUUUUCUUCAUGCCCAGAUGUAUGGGCUCGCUCAUCUACGGCCUCAGAGAUCAGAACAUCCGAGCCGCCCUCACACACUAUUUCUGCUGUCUGUCCAAAGUGGCCGCCGCUCCUGUCAAGGCUGCGAUUGCGUCCUGACGGUUCUCUACCCGUGUCCACAGCAGCUUACUUUCCCUUUCUGUGCCACAUUGCGUCGCUCGGGACUGCCGUCACUCAUUCAUGUCACUCAUUCAUGUCACUCAUUCAUGUCACUCAUUCAUGUCACUCAUUCAUGUGCAGAUAUAAUCCCCACGUGCGAGUCCAGUGUGGUGUCUGUGGAAAAGAAGAGCCACUUGAGUUCCCUUUUGAAAACAUGUAACGCUGAUCCCCUGAGAAAAUGGCACAAAGACUUUUCAAAUGGGAUGUUUUCACCAAAGGUCGAUAAUAAAUUGACGUUUUCAAAUCGAAUCAAACUUUACUUGCGUGGCACUUUUACUGCGAGUGGCAACACAAAAGUGCUUCACGCUAAAAAGAAAGAAAAAGGAGGACAAAAACGCACACGUAGAAACACACGCACGCACACACAGCACUGUUGACGAGAACAAAACAUGGAAGGCAGUGAGGAUUUGAGGAGAAAAAACAUAGUAUCAAAUAUGUUAUGAAAUAUAAAUAAUACAGUAAUAUCCAUCCAUCCAUUUUCUACCUUUAACAUGAUCAGUAAAAAAGACCUUAUUAAAAAUGUGUGUUUUUAACCUUUAAAAAAAAGCAUAGCAUUGAGAGAAUAAUAAUAAUAGCAAUAAAAUAGAAAAUAAAAAUAAUUUUAAAAAAAACCCCUAAGAAUUAUAGUAGUAAAAAUAAAAAUAAAAUAGAAAAUAACAGAAUAAAACUAAACAAAAACCUAAGAAUCAUAGUAGUAAUAAUAGCAAUAAAAUAGAAAAUAAAAGAAUAAAAAGAAAAAUAAACCCUAAGAAUUAUAGUAGUAAAAAUAGCGAUAAAAUAGAAAAUAACAGAAUAAAACUAAACAAAACGGCACUGAGGAUUUGAGGGGAAAAAACGCCACCUCUGAGGCGUUAACUAAAAUGAACACCAUCUAAAACAUACUAUCAAAUAUGUUAUGAAAUAUAAAUAAUACAGUAAUAUCCAUCCAUCCAUUUUCUACCUUUAACAUGAUCAGUAAAAAAGACCUUAUUAAAAAUGUGUUUUUAACCUUUAAAAAAAAGCAUAGCAUUGAGAGAAUCAUAGUAGUAAUAAUAGCAAUAAAAUGGAAAAUAAAAAUAAUUACAAUAAAAAAAAAUUAAGAAUUAUAGUAGUAAAAAUAGCAAUAAAAUAGAAAAUAACAGAAUAAAACUAAACAAAAACCUAAGAAUCAUAGUAGUAAU